UGUAGCAAACAUAAUUAAAUUCCAGUGGAGGGGUUCGGAAAAGGGUUUUCACUCACCGGCGAUUCGCUAAUGAUCAUACUUCUCUCGCCGUUUUAAUUCGCCGGAUGACUGUUGGGUGGUGAACUAGUUGAUAUUGGAUCCAGAAGGUACUAUAUAGAAGCAGAUACAAGUCUGCUCCUCUUCAAGCACGACAGAUAAGAUGGACGACGGAGGCCAACGAGAAAAUAGGAGACACAGAAUGGAUUAUUCCAAAGGAGGUUAUGCACCGUGGAACGUGGUACCUCCUUACCAGAUGAAGGACCAAGAGGCUUUCAUCAUGAAUACAAAAAUCAGAAUGGUCUUUGCUGAAAGAGAUGCUGCUGUUGAAGAACGGGAUAGAGCAGUGAUUGAAAAGAAGGAAGCAUACGCUGAGCGAGAUUUUGCAAUCCAGCAGCGAGAUACCGCAUUUGCUGAGCGAGAUACUGCCGUAAAAGAAAGGGACAAUGCAAUAGCUGCCCUCCACUUUCUUGAAAGUACCACGAAUGGCUCAUUGGGUUGUAGGACACGUGGGACAAAGCGCCCUGAGCAACCUAAAAAUCAUCGCAACUAUAACACGGAUUCUGUUUGUAUCAAUAGGGAUGUUCCCGUAGCUGAUGCUUUUCCUAUAUCAGCCAUAUCAUCUGAAGCUGCAAAAGCACUCCAAGUAAAACGGUCAAAAGUAAACAAAGGCAUGUCAACAAAGUCAGCAAAAUCCUCAACGAAGACAAAGAAAGUGAAUGAAGAUUUGAAUCGGCAUCUUACAACAGAUGGAUCUAAAGCUGAAUGGGAUGCUCAGGAUCUUGGCUCGAUAGACCAGAUACAAUUUGACGAGUCUACCAUGCAAAUACCUGUUUGCACAUGUACAGGAAUACCAAGGCAGUGUUACAAAUGGGGAAGUGGGGGCUGGCAGUCAUCUUGCUGCACUACAUAUCUGUCAGAGUAUCCACUACCACAAUUGCCAAACAAACGACAUGCUCGUUUAGGUGGUAGGAAAAUGAGUGGAAGCGUUUUUAGCAGAUUGCUUACAAGGUUUGCAGUAGCUGACCGUGAUCUGUCUAUGCCCAUUGAUCUCAAGACUUAUUGGGCUAAACAUGGUACAAAUCGCUACAUUACCAUUAAGUGAUGCAUCAAUGAUUUGCUAGCCAGUUGCUAUAUUAGGCCUGGAUGCCAGAUAGGUAGUCAAGGAAGCAAAACACCAAGAGCUUGACUUAAUGAGUGAUCAAAAGCCCUUUUGGAUGGUCACACGAUGACCUUGUGCUGUGACUAAAGGUCUUGUAACUGACUUUUGGUUCAGUUAUUUACAGCACUUUUUUGGUACUUAUUGUUAGUUCUCUGUUAGCACUUAAUCUUGUACAAAGGAGUUUCUAGGAAUUGCAGGUAUACUAUUUUGAGCUUCUCCUUAUUCAUAACAACUAAUAAGAAAGCUUCUAGUUUUCAUGA